AUGGGACCGAGAAGGUUCACAAACAGCGAGGAUGAACACCUGCCUCCAGGCUGGCAAACUAUUGCUUAUGACGCAGAAAGUGGCCGAAAAACUUAUGAACAUGCAAAUGGCCACCAAUAUGUGGGACGUGGUCCACCACCGAGAGAUCAACCUCUGACUGAGGAACUAGAGAACCGGCUGUUUGCCACGGGCGCAGCCUGGAACCCGAAACCACGGCAACCGGUCACCCGACAUCCACAAGAUCGGAGCCAUGUCACUGACCGCAUACCAGCUCGACACGUACCGUCCCGUCAUCUCACCGCGCCUCCACCUCGACCCCCACGGUCGACCACGUUCGACGAUAUACUCGGUCGAAUACCCGAACAACACCUUGAUCGUUCACAGACCGCGUCGCGGCGGAAAGAGGAUAAUGGUCUUUCCAACGCAGGUGAAGACGUCAAAACCUGGGGCAAGCGGCUCACUGAGAAAGCCAAGAACAAGCUCAAGAAGGGCCCUCGACCGUUUGAGUGAACAUUUCCCAACGGCGGCGCUUCUUGAUGCAAUCUCAUACUCCACAAGACCUGACUUCUGGCUGACCGAACUACAUGGCAACUGGUUACUUAGAUACCAAAUCUGAACCUCUACACC